UAACGUAAUUAUUUAAAAUAAAAAUUAUUCAUACGCAGUCCAUUGUUUAUUUCUACACGACGAUAUUUUGAUAGAUUGAAAUAGUCAAAUCGCUUGCCUUAUCAGGAUAAAUCUGCUGUCUUCAGAAAUAGAAAUCUUAUUAAUAUAGAAGGCAAAACUAAUUGUAUGCUUGUGACAUAUAUUUUUAAGAAAACUUGAAUUUAACAAGUAAUAAUACCACUUCAGAACUUUAGUGUCUAUAUUAUUCACAACCUAAUCAAGGUACAGAUUUGGAGAACGAGUCAUUAGAUAAAGUGUGAAACCAGUGUAAAAAAAAUAAUUCAUUUUGAAUACAGAAAUGAAUCCUUCAGCGAGCGACUUCUUACCCUACCAUAUAACUAACGCAGAGGAUCCUGCUCUGUUACCAAAUCUGAGAAAAAUAAAUGAAUCAGAUGAAACGAAAGAGAAAUGCCUAGAAAUUCUACGCAAGGAUCUGAAAAAUGUAGAGGACAUUGAACCUUGCUUGGAAGAUGAUUUCUUAUUAAGAUUUCUGAGGGUGUCGAAGUUCAACACGUCGAAUGCAUUUCAGAGAGUACUUAAAUAUUACCAGCAGUUUGACAUAACGUUGGAAGCACUCAAAAAAGUGUCUCUACCUGUUCAAAGAGCUCAAAGUGUAAAGUACAUCUGGAUUUCUCCUCGCAGAUUGAAGAAUAAUUCAGCUUUAGCUAUCGCACUAGCAAGAAAUGUUGAUUACAACAAAAUUACCCUCGCAGAACGUAUAUAUCUAGAUAUGUUGGCUGUCAAUGGAGAACUUCAAAAUCCUGUCACUCAGAUAACGGGGUUUACAUUAAUAUUUGACUUCAGAGGAUUCAACAUACAUGCCGCUCUAGUGCACACGCCUUUUUGGUGUAAGAUGUUUGUGGAUACAAUAGCGAAAGCAUUUCCUGCCAGAAUUAAUGCUGUCCACAUAGUGAAUCCUCCAACCAUAUUUUGGGUUGUGUUCAAAAUCGUGCGUCCGUUCAUUCCGAAAAAGAUACAAGAUAGAUUAUUUAUGCACUCGAAUGACGGCUGGGAGAGUUUACAUUCUUCAAUACCACCCGAAGUACUUCCCGAAGAAUACGGCGGAAAAUUGAAAUUCGAUUCUUUCAUUAAUGUUCUGGAAAACAUUGAAGAACUAGAUGAACAUUUUCGUAAAUAUCUUAGAUUUGGUUACAUUAAAACCAAAGCAAGCCGACAGUGUUUCAGACCCAUUUGUCAGAAAAAGUAAAAUUUUCUCAGUGAGAAAACAGGCAUUAAAAAGAAUAUUUUAAGAAUAUUAGCAUUCUUCAGCGAUACACUAACAAUUCUCUGUGUAAUUAUUUUUAUUCACUAAUUGUUAAUUAUUUUUAUUUAUUUAUAUGUUUGUAAAGGUUCGCCGCUGUGAUUGCUAAUAAAAAAGAUUUUUGUAUGAAA